AUGAUUUUGAGCGCUCUAUUCACUAUUAUGAGCUCUAUACCAAAUAAUAUUGGCUUUUAUCAAUUAAGUACACUUGAAAAGCGACUUAUUACUGAUAUAAUGGUAAUUCAAGGGGGAUGGUUUUUUAUUCGAGACUUUGCAAUGAUUAUUCUAAUGCCUAAACAACUGAACAGGGAAUCGCAGAGUUCGAACGGUAGUGCUUCAGCUGCUACUAGUACAAGACGACCCAGUAGAGCCGAAGAAUCAGUUCCACUCCAACAGCCUGCUGGCCAAAAUGAUGAGCAUGAAACAGCCAAUUCGUAA